AUGCCUCGGAAAAUUGAGGAAAUUAAGGACUUUCUACUCACAGCCUGGGGGAAGGAUGCCAAAUCUGUCAAGAUCAAGAAAAACAAGGAUAAUGUAAAGUUCAAGGUCCGCUGUAGCAGGUACCUUUACACUCUGGUUAUCACAGACAAGGAGAAGGCGGAGAAGCUGAAGCAGUUCUUGCCCCCAGGUUUGGCAGUGAAGGAGCUGAAAUGAACUGGACCUCUGCAUGUGACUAUUAAAAACCCCGAAAAGUAAAAAAAAAAAU